AGGACCCUGUACCCCUGGCCACUGCAGCCAUUGAACAUGAGUCUCCCAAGCUGGCCAGGUCCUGAAGGCAUGAGGAUCUGGGAGAACUGCAACUGGCAGUAAGACCCGGGUCCCUGGUCACUGGCUCAAGCCCCUCCCUUUGCUGGGUCUUUGACCCUGCAGAGAAAAGAUAUCGCUUUACAGAUUUCUCAGCAGGAAGUGUGCCAGAGGGGAGGGUGUGCUCCAUGCCUAGCAACGCGAGGCUUCUCCUGAGAACAGCCUCACCAGGUCUGCGCACUCCUGAGAAGCUGCGCGGGCAGGCCCUGGUGGAAAGUGGCUCCACAGAGGGUGGCUCUCAGGCGACCAUGAGUGUGAUCCUCCUGGGUUUCCUGUUGGCUGCUGCCCCAGGCAGCCUAGCUUUUCUCAAUUUCGUCGUUGAGAAUGCCAGCCCUGUUCUGGAAAAUGCCUCUGAGCACACGCAGGUGGCCACAAUCAGAGUGUCGCUGUCACCUUAUGCUUCCCUGCUUGGAGAUCCUGUUAUCCUUAAUGCGAAUCCCGUGGUCCAUCCAUUUGUGCUAUCUCGGAGAUCCACGCAUCUAUGGCAUUUAUACACCGGUGGAGUACCCAAGCUGGACUUUGAGAAGGUGGCGUUAUAUUCCCUGGUAAUCUACGCCAAGGACAGCUUUGGGGCCACAGCGUCACAGAUCGUUUUAAUUCAGAUUGCAGACGUGAAUGAAGCCCCCACCUUCACUGGAUCCCUUUCCCAGGGAGACCAAGCUACUGAGAUUUAUGUCCUAGAAGACACUGCUCCGGGCACAGUCGUCUACAGAGCAGCGGCCACAGAUCCAGAGGGUGCCACUUUGGAGUACUUCAUUACCCCGGAAGGCUCCGGCUUCACAGUCGACAGCACCGGGACAAUUUCCACGACAACUGACUUUGAUUUUGAGAGUGAAACUAGAAGUUUUUCACUGGUUAUUAAAGUAGCUGAUCCUGGAGGACUGUAUGCUGCUGGGAAUCUAAAGAUUUUCCUCAUCAAUGUCAACAAUAAGAAUCCCAUUCUGACCUGCAGUUUAUUCAGCAUUGAAAAUGCUGUCUGGAGCGUGGCUUCGAUGAACUCAACUCUUCAGGACAAAGCCAACAUCACUCUGGAUGAGGAAAUCCCAAUCGGGAAAACCGUUGGAACGUGCCAGGCACAUGACGAGGAUUCCUUGGGAGAUUUGACCUUUGAGCUGGAGCCUUGGAACGUUUACUUUGCAGUCGACAAAGAGCGUGGGACGGUGGUUACUGCCACUCGACUGGACAUGGAGCGAGAGGGGUUUGCAAGCAUCCAGUCCUUCUCCAUUAAGGCCUGUGACCGUGGCCAGAGGUGCGCAGCAAUUCCAGUGGCUGUCUCUAUUCACGGCAUUAAUGACAAUGCGCCUUUCUGUGACCAGUAUUUGAUUAGGUACACAGGCCAGGAGGUGAUUGGAAAGGGCACGGUGGUGGCAAAGCUCUUGUGUCAUGACCUUGAUGAGCCUCCGGAUACAAUCCACUAUGUUCCAAGCUUGGGCCCACUUGGUUCUGGACAGAUCUUUGAGCAGGUGCCAGGUGCUGACCAUGUUGUCCAGGUCAGCAGAGAGCUGGACUAUGAAGACCCAGAGGCGGUCGCAGAGGGGCACAUCUACGAAAUGAUGAUUUCGGUGUUCGAUAGCGCACAUCCCUCCCAUACAGUUACCGUGAGGGUCGUGGUGCAGGUGGCCCCUGCCAACGACUUCAGCCCCACGUUCCAGGCCGCGCACUACUCGUUCUCGGUUCCGGAGACGUCAGGAGCUUUCUACAAAGUUGGAAGGGUGACCGCCACUGACGACGACCACCCACCCAACUGUCUGACCUACAAGAUCAUCGGUGGUGACGUGCAGGCUGUCCGAAGAUUCUGGAUUCACCCCCACUCUGGGAUGCUCGAACUCACCACGCAGCCAGACUACGAGUGUGUGAAGCAGUACAACCUCACGGUGGAAGCCAAGGACUGUGACCGCGCCCGUCCCCGCACAGCGGUGACCUCUGUCACGAUUGACAUUGAAGACGAGAACGACGAAGCGCCUGUCUGUGUGCCCCGUCUUUACAAAGGGGUCAUCUUUGACAACGUUGUUGCUGGGACGAACAUCAAUGGCUUCCAACUCAGCUGUCACGACAGAGAUUCGCAAGACUAUGAAAUGCGCUUUGAGAUAGCUUCCGGAAAUGAGAAUCAUCAUUUUGGAUUUGAUCCCACUCGAGGCUCAAACACGCCAAAAUUAAUUGUGAAGAACCCUUUUAACUUUGAGUCUGGAGCUGAUCAGCAGCGGCAAUACCAUCUCGUGGUGCACAUCAUCGACGACAAUCUGAAGUUUGGCAAAUCCCCCGCGCCCCAGACAGGCAGUGCUAUCAUAGACAUCCAUGUGAUGGGAGCCCCCACGCCAUCUCCUCCAGCCGGUUCUGAGCAUAGAAGAGGCCUGACCAUCGAGUUCACAGAGGCCAACACAUACAGAUCCAGCGACUGGUACGUGCCUUUCGUCUUCACGCUGAUGGCUGUUUUCUCCGUCGGACUGAUUUCGUGGCUCUGUCUUCUGCUUUGGAGGUGUGGAAACAUGACAGAGUGCUGCCGGACAGUGGCCAAGAAGGCCUCUAAAUCCAAGCCCAGAGAAAUGAAGUACAUUGCAGGAGAGAGAACUCAGAAGGAAAAAGCUGUGACAGGAAGCAGAAGUAAAAAAUUGGAAGUCUUAACAGAAACCAUUGUGUAUGAGACUGUGUUUGAUGGAGAAGCCAUUGACCCAGUGUCCGGGAAAGUGUACGAAUACAAUAGCAGGACGGGAGCCAGAAGGUGGAAGAAGCCCCCCAGGACCCCCGAGGAGGCCUGGGCCGACCCAGGCUCCUGGAGCAGCUUCCUUCCGAAGAGUUGACUUCCUUCGCAACUCCUGUGUGAGGACAGCGUUUGCCAGGGAUUCUGGAUUUGGCCCGUGACUUGUGCGGGUGGGUGUGUUUUUGCUUUUGUUUUUUUCACGAUCUAAAAUCAGAGCCUAGCUGUGUGUGCAGCGCUGUGUGUUGUUGCCCUGCUCCGAGUUCCGGCGGGGCGCCUGGCGUGGAGAGCUGCGUCUGGAUGAGGUCGCUGAGAGCUGGAGGUGCCUGGCAGUUGGUCGCGUGGCGCUGCCCCGCACGCUGCGCGCUUCCCAGGCCGGAGGCGCCCUCCAGCUCCCGCUGCCAGCACAGUGCGCUUGGGCGGCGGGGAGCCCGUGCUUACUUGGU